AUGGAGGUUAAAGACCAGGCACUAACAUGUCCCAUCUGUGUGGAUGUCUUUACAAAACCUAUAGGUCUUCCCUGUGGACAUAACUUCUGCCAGUCCUGCAUUCGUAUUGUCUGGAAUGAGGAUGAUGAUGACUCAGAGGUAGGGCUGCGAUUCUGUCCUGAAUGCCAGAUCUUCCUUCCACCUGACCUAAAGCUUGAAAUCAACACAGACCUGGAGCAAAAGGUAAAGCAUGCCAGCACAUGUGGACAUGUGAGUGAAGAGACUGCAUUAAUGCCUUCUUCAGAUAUCACGUGCGAUCAGUGCAUUGAGAGAACGUCAAUGGCUGUGAAAAGUUGUCUGAACUGUGAUGCUUCAUUGUGCUUAGUUCACACUCUGCAUCAUCAGCACAGGGAAAGGCUGAGAGGACACAAACUUAUCGAACUGACCCAAGAUCCGCUUUUCUAUAAGUGUCAGGAGCAUGGAGAGGAGCAGAAGCUGUUUUGCCAGGAUGACCAGGCUGCUGUGUGCUGUCUCUGUGUGGUCUUUGGGACACACAAGGAUCACCGGAUCAUCCAGCUGCAAGAAGCCUGCUCGGAUUUCAAGAAAGCACUGGAGGAAAGAGACACAGCUUUGCUGAAGAACAGACACCAGGCUGAGUGUGCAUUACAAGACCUGCAGCGAUUGGUGUCAGAGACAUCUUCUUUGGCUAACACCUCCAGAGUCAGAAUAGCAGAAACAUACAGCCAAAUAAAAGACUUGAUUGUAAAGGAUCAACAGCUGAUGAUGGAUAUUAUCGAAAUGGAGGAACUUUGCACCAACAAGUGGUUGGACUCUAAGAGAGAGUGUUUGGAGCAACAGAUAACAAAAAUGGAUUCUUUAUUAAGUGAAAGCAAAUCUCUUCUCCAAGAAAAAAAUGAGUUAAAACUUCUCCAGAAUCUCAAAAGGCAAACAUUUUGGGCAAAAUUGAAAACAACAUCACUACCAUCAGUGGACACACAAAUCCACAGGAUGGAAAUUGUACAACAGCUGGCUGAAAGUUUUUAUAAAGCUGUGUUCCAAAUCACUAGGCGACUGUGGGCAAACAUGAAGGCAAUACACUUAGAUGCAGAUACAGCACAUCCUAAUCUGGAAGUUUCUGCAGACCUGCUAGAGGUUUGCUGGAGCAAAAAGAACAUGAAAAAAAGCAAAGACACCGAACACAUCAGCACUGAGUACAGCAUCCUGGCCAAGGAGUCACUCCUCAGUGGCUCUCAUUACUGGGAGACUGCAGUCUGGGAGAAACCGUACUGGCUAAUCGGUCUGUCAUGUGGGCCCAAUAUGCAGGCAGGAGAGAAUGUGACUCCUGACCAUACCUUCAUAAACAAGACAUUCUGCUACAUCUAUCAUGGAAAUGGAAGAUAUCUUGUAUGUAAUGGCUCGGAGGAGACUAUGUUAGCAGUUGAAAAGAAGAUUCAGAAAGUUGGGGUCAGUGUGGAAAUUGAGAAAGGAACAGUGUCGUUCUAUGAUGCAGACACAAUGGCAUUGCUCCAUUUAUUUGCAGUAGAAUUUCCGGGUCCAGUGAGACCUUUAUUCAACCCUUGCCUUUGUUUAAAUGAGCAAAAUGCACAAGCUCUCAUCUUGUUAAGCCGACGAGGCCAAAAUGAGGUCUUAUAAAAUAAAAAAUUAUUAGGUCUUAUAGCUAUAACAUCAUGUACUGCAGAUGAAGGUUUUUAUGUCAUAAUGCGCCAACGGUAUAUAACAACUUGCCGAUAUUGACACUGUGUGGGUCUGUUACAAGUUACUUAACAUAUGCAUUUGUUUAUUAGCAUAUUUCUUCUAUAUCCUGAAUUUGUGUUCAUAAAAAAAA